GUACACGAAAAAAGAUCAGUAAAUAUCUUCGAUUCGUCGGAAACUUCGAUACCAUUUCUAUAAAGAAUUUGAAGUUGGAGAAUCAAUUGUUUAUCUGACCAAGUCUACAACAGUUUGGUAUGAGAAUGGAACAUCGUUUGCAUCGACAGGCCAACAGGGCGCACAAGCAAGAAGUUCGAGCAGAACGCAAAGAACAAAGAUUACACGACAGAGCAGUUAAUGCAGCUUUACAUGGAAAUAUAGGCAGAGCCGUUCGAUUGGAAAGCAAAUCACAAGCAGCUGGCCACAGGGCAGAUGCCGCUCACGCCAGAGAGAUGAAUAACCGAGCAGCAGCCAAUGCUCUGCAUCAUCCACAUCAUCAUCACCACCCACCACCUCCACCAGUUUUUCACCCACAUCCUCCUCAUCACCACCAUCACCAUGGACCACCUCAUCCCCACCGCCACGGACCUCCACCUCCGCCAGUAGUUGUUCAUCAUCAUCACCACCCGCAACCGGCGCCACCACCUUACCCAACAGGAUCCGCCCCUUAUCCAGGUCACGGAGGAUAUCCACACUAGAAUGAACGGAGACGGACAAGUUUUGAUACGAUGUAUAUGGAAAAAAAUAUGUCACUUUACAAAGCUAUAAAAAUGACUGAUAUUUUUAAUUAAUUUAUUUUUGGUGCAAAUUCAUCCAUUAUGUUAAGAUAUACACCAAGAAUGGUCUGUACUUUUUUAUCUGGUUAUUGCCCCAAAUAUUUUUUAUAAACCCCGUCACUUAUGCGUAUAAAGCUAACGAAUUGGAAACAUGUGAAUGGAUUAUUAAGUUUACCAUUUGGGAUUCGUUGUAAAUACUAUUGUUCGCAAAAAGUUUUCAUCACAAAAGACAACCACUCCUGCCCAAAUCAUGGAAACAUAAACAUGAAACUGUUGCUAUGCGCGAAUUUUAUAUUUCAGCACAGGCUGACAAUUUUAAUUAUGCUCAUCAGGACAAAACACCUUACUCUCCCAUGGAAGAUGUUUCUUAUGGUACAAUUUGUGCAAUAAAAUGUAUAUAUUCAGGCAAA